UUUUUUUUUUUCCCUGGAUUACACCUUCAGAACCUUAUUUCAAGAUCAUCACUACUACCAAGACUCUCAACCAUGACCGUUAGCCCGAACCGCUCGAUCGCCAUCAUCGGCGUGGGAUCGACCAUGUCCCGCUCACUUGCCCUUUGGCUCGCAAGUGUUGGAUGGAACAUUGCCCUCGUGUCUCGCUCUGAGAAUAGCCUGUCUAAAAUCGCCGACGAGGUCAAAGCCGCCCAGACAAACGCGGACGCCAAAGUGAUCUACCGUACCGCUGAUGCGGGCAACCCCGACAGCUUGACAAGCACCCUGGAUUGGUGUGCCCAGCAGUUUAGUGGCAAGCUGGAUGUUUUGAACUACAAUGCCGCCCGUGUCGCCCCUUCGCACAUCACUUCAGUCACUCCAGAGGAGCUGAACCUCGACCUCCAAGUCUCUGCAGUGGGUACCCUUGUCGCAGGCCAAUGGUUCACCCGCAACGCCAACACCGACAAUAUCCCCAAGGGUGAGUGGCCGCUCUUCUUGGUCACCGGCGGCACGCUCGACAGAGAGCCGCAGAUCGCCUGCUCUUCAUUGUGUGCUGCCAAGGCCGCAUCACAAACUCUCAGCCGUCUCUUUGCCCAGGCGCUUCCACAGGAGGCUCAGAUUGUGGUCGGCAUGCCGCUGAUCCGCGCACGCAUUGUUGACCCGGAAACUGGUGGCUACACCGAGGGCUACCAUCCCGAUACUAUCAUCCAAACGGUGUUCAAGCCAUUCUUUGAGGACCGCGAGAAGCUACAGGGUGGAGUGGACAACUGGACCGUGGAGCGUGUUAUGUAAUUACAACAGCAACUAUGCCGGGAUAAGUAAAGUACGGCGAUGAUUAACGACCAUCGGGCAAAGGCAUGAUUUACUCGAAGUCUGUUCACUGCAAGUCAUUUUCUUCACAUUUAUGGUUUUUAAGAAGUCUCCAAGCGGAAGGACAAAGCAUUGGAAUUUAUGCCUCUUAUACUAUGCCUCAAAUAGUCUAUAUAUACAUGUCAGG